AUGUUGGCAAAGGUUUCGAAACAGAUGAAGCGGCUUCGCGUCGCGUGGAAUAUUCUUAAGGCGUACUGGUAUGCUGCCCAGCCUAAGUGGCAUGGUGUGACUAGGCAACGGGCGGCUAGGGCCAGGCAGGACGGCGGACUGCUGUGGAAGAGAUGGGAUCCCAAGAUCGGCCGCCGGGAUGCCGCUAGGUUGAGCGUUGUUGGGUUCAGUGGCGAGCAGCGGGCCCCCGCAUUCACGGGCAUCCCCGUCAUCUCGUAG